AUGCUUCGACUUUUGUGCCUUGUGGCGGUGUUGGCAGUGGUUACCAACGCCUACCGCCGUGUGUGUUAUCAUACUAACUGGUCACAAUACAGACAAAGCCCUGGUAAAUUCUACCCCGAGAACAUCGACCCCACUCUUUGCACACAUAUCAUCUAUGCUUUCGCAACUCUCAAUGGAAAUCAUUUGAAGGCAUUCGAAUGGAAUGAUGAGAGCACGUCAUGGUCCAAAGGCAUGUACGAGCGAUUUAUUGCAAUGAAGUCACAGAAUCCAUCUGUAAAGAUGAUGUUAGCGGUUGGUGGCUGGAAUAUGGGAUCUGCACCUUUCACAAGGAUUGCAGCCUCCGAUCAAAGCCGCAGGGACUUCGCCAAUGACGCCGCAAAAUUCCUUCGUUCCCAUGGUUUUGACGGACUUGAUUUUGACUGGGAGUACCCGGCCAACAGGGGGAGUCCGGCUUCCGACAAGCAAAACUUCGUCUCCCUUGUUAAGACAACACGUGAAAUAUUUGAUGCAGAGGCACAAACAAGCGGCAAACCCCGUCUUCUACUCUCGGCAGCUACAGGAGCAGGAAAGUCAAAGAUUGAAACUGCAUACGACUUGCCCCAACUCGUGAAAUAUCUGGAUAUGAUCAACCUUAUGACCUACGAUCUGCACGGUGCGUUUGAUGGCCACACAGGCCACAACAGUCCUCUAAAGGCAGGUCCAAUGGAUAGUGGUGAUGACGCCACCCUCAACGUGGAAUGGGCUGCCAAAGAAUAUGUGAAGAGAGGAACACCGAAGAGUAUGCUUAACAUCGGAAUGCCUCUUUACGGUCGCUCCUUUACACUGGGGGGCUCUAACACCGGUGUGAAUGCUCCCAUUCGAGGUGCAGGAACUGCUGGCAGGUAUACCGGAGAGGCUGGCAUUCUUGCCUACUACGAGAUCUGUAAAAUGAUUCCCGGCGCUCAGAAGCACAUCAUACAGGGAGAGGAAGUGCCUUACAUCGUCAAGGGUAACCAGUGGGUGGGCUACGAUGAUGAAGAAAGUCUCCGUAAGAAGGUGGAUUUCGUAAAACAAGAGCAAUAUGGUGGUAUAAUGGUUUGGAGUUUGGCGUUGGAUGAUUUCUCAGGAUCCUGCGGACAAGGAAAAUAUCCACUUUUACACGCGAUCAAUGACGAAUUGACAAGGUCUAGCCCUGGAUCUAACCCAGUAACAAGCGCACCGGUCACUACACAAAAGCCUGUGGCAACUAACGCUCCUGCUCAAACAAACGCUCCAGUCACCGUUGCGCCCCAAACAAACGCUCCAGUCACUGGUGCACCCCAGACAAACGCUCCAGUCACUAAUGCGCCCCAAACAAACGCCCCAGCCCCUCAAGCCUCUACAACCGCACCUAGCGCCCAUCAUACGGUAACCACUACAAAUCACUUCAACUGUGCCUCUCAGACUACUGGUUUUUACCCUAGUCCAACUGAUUGCUCAAUGUACUACAUCUGUGCUGGUGGGGCUGCGUUUGAAGUGGCGUGUACAUCAGGCCUUCAAUUUAACCCGAACACCUUGUUUUGUGAUUGGCCAAGAAAUGUCCAAUGCAAAGCCAGUAUGCCACCUUCCUCACAGCCACCUGCAUUGACACAGAAGCCAGUCGUAUCCAUGACAACGAUGUCUCCUACAAAUGCACCAGUCACGACGAUGCCACCACAACCAGUUGCUACUAAUCCUCCGGCAACCAACGCACCAGCUCCAACCAACGCGCCACAAACCAGCGCACCGGGUCAAACCAACGCGCCAGCAAAAUUCUGCACCGGGAAGGCCGAUGGUAUUCACGCCGAUCCCAAUGACUGUUCACAUUUCUAUGAAUGUGCAGCAGUGACGAACAGCCACAAUAUCUGUCUUGGAAAGACAGACGGAUACUUUCUUGAUCACCAAGACUGUGGAUAUUUCUACCAAUGUGCCUUUGGCUUAGCCUUCCACGAACCUUGCCCCCCAGGCCUUGCUUUCAAUGAAAACAUUCGUGCUUGUUAUAUAUAGAACAAUUAUAGAAGAGUGUGCUACUAUACUAAUUGGGCUCAAUAUAGACCUAAGAUUGGAAAGUAUACUCCGGAAGAUAUAGACGAUCGCUUGUGUUCUCACAUAGUUUAUUCAUUUGCUAAACUUACAAAUCAUGCACUGACUCCAUUUGAAUGGAACGAUGACUCUACGGAUUGGUCAAAAGGAAUGUUUGAGAAAGUCAAUGACUUGAAAAAGGUAAACCCGGAAUUAAAGACUCUGAUAGCGGUUGGUGGAUGGAAUAUGGGCUCAGAACCAUUUACACAGAUGGUCGAGAAUCCCACCAAUCGCCGCACGUUCAUUACUUCUGCAAUUGUGUUUAUGAGAUCACGUAACUUUGACGGCCUCGAUCUGGACUGGGAGUACCCCGGCAACAGGGGCAGCCCGCCCGAGGACAAACAAAGGUUUACAAAGCUCGUCAAGGAAUUAUAUGAAGAAUUCCAGCAGGAGUCGCGAAUCACAGGUAAACCACGUCUACUGCUCACGGCGGCGGUGGCGGCAGGCAAGGAAACCAUUGACAAGGCUUACGAGAUUGCCGAGAUAGGGAGUUACAUGGAUUUCAUAAGUGUCAUGACGUAUGAUCUCCACGGCGGUUGGGAGAAAAAGACAGGCCACAACAGCCCAUUGUUUAAGGGGCGAUGGGAGAGAGGAAACGACGCUUAUCUCAAUUUGGCAUGGGCCAUAACCUACUGGUAUAAAAUGGGAGUUCCGAAACACAAGCUAAAUGUUGGAUUGGCCGUAUAUGGCCGUUCAUUCACACUGAAUGACCCCUCAAAGUAUGGAGUUGGGGCCGCUGCAAAGAAAGGAAAGGGAGGCAAUUUCACCCGUGAAGAUGGCUUUCUGUCUUACUACGAGAUCUGUGCGAAGAGGAAGAAGGCCGGAGUGAGGACCUACCUGAUCGAGGACCAAAAGGUGCCAUACAUUGUCGAUGGGGACCAAUGGAUUGGUUAUGACGACCCAGCCAGCCUCGUUGCCAAGGUGAAUUUCAUAAAGAAACAAGGCUUUGGAGGAGUGAUGAUUUGGUCUCUGGACUUAGACGAUUUCUCCGGACACUGUUCAAAUGAGAAAUACCCACUACUGCGGGCCAUCAACAAGGCCCUAGGGAUCACCAUUCCACCCAGAGGAAAAAGACAAAAGUUGAUCCACGUUCAGACUGCAAACAGCGGCAGAGCUCAGGCAAAUGUCAUCAGGCCGCCAGACUUGCCCAAAUCAAGUGCCAUUGGAACCAAUACGCCCAAAAGUUCUGUAUGUGACGGUGUACCCGACACUUCUUUCGUUCCUCAUGAAAACUCAUGUAAGAAAUUCUUUCGUUGCCUCGGUGGAGUGAAACUCGAGUUGAGCUGCUACGGGAAUCUAGAAUUCAACAAAGUGAUAAGUAGAUGUGACUGGCCAGAGGAGGCAAAUUGUUCCAUAAAGAAAAAACCCACCACUUCAGCAACCGUGGAGAAGACGGUCGCCAAAACUACAAAGUUGGUUGUACCGACAAAGCAAAAGAUUGCUUGGGAUCCACCAUCACAAACAGAGUUCCCUCCCGCGCCACCUACCGACCUUCGACAGAUGCAAAGUGUACAGGAACUGGAGCGCCAGCUCACCCAACCUAUACUCACUCUGGAACCCCAGCAACAAGUUACCAACCUUUGGGACACAUCUUCAAGCCAACCGCAAUGGAACCCUCCCCAGCCGGCUAAUCCAUCGUCGUGGGACAUAGCUAACAGGGCCGGGGUCCAAGAAAUGACCCCUACACCUGACCUUCCACAGCCAAGCAUGUUUCGGGAAACGGGGCUGCCAAAUCCUCCCCCGGACAUGCUCAGUGCAAGACAGGAACAAGGACAGCCGUCACUAGAAACAAACGUAGCACCUGUCACUGCCAUGGAAUUGGCUCAACUCUUCGAAGGAGCAACACAGCUUUUAAACAAUUUUGGAGGAACUAGCGCAGGAGGGUUCUGUCGGAGCAGAGUCGAUGGCAUCUACAGAGACCCACAUUCGUGUGAGAAGUUUAUCGAGUGUUCGAACGGCAUCAUGUACCGCACGAGCUGUGGACCCGGUCGUGCGUUCCAUCCCCAAUUCCUCAUUUGUGACUAUUCCUUUAACGUAGAGGGGUGUGCUUAGUGGCUAAACGGUCACACCGCUUACAGCAAUGCUUCAAAAUUGUGUCUCAGAUUGAUUUUAUGUACAGGCUUAUGAGCUGUCAUGUGCGCUAUCGUAGAUUAAUUAGCAGACCAUUGGAAAUACUGGACUAUUGUUUUAUUUUAGAAUCGUUUCUGUUGUAAUAGUUGAAGUGAUUAUCAGGCAAAGAGAUAUGGCGCACUAAUCCUACCAAGAUUCGACGUCCCUUUGAAUUUAAGGAACGACAACUCCAUGUAGAUAUUGUUGGCGCCAAUUUCAAGAAGUCCCUAGAGGCAUUUACACGGGUAAAAUGCAUGGUGACUACAUUUACAAUAAACAGAAUAAUACACGUGCAAAUGCAUUAACUGUGAUAUGAGUACCUAUGUUAAGAAAAUAUCUGCGUCAGAACAACAGAUAUAACAUCUUGUAUUGUUUUGUCGUUUUUUAUUGUCUUUUAUUAUUAUUAAUUUCAUACCGUGUAAACCUAUCGGGCACAUGAUGCUUUACAAAUACAAAACAUUCCGAAUAUCUAAUAAUGGCACUUUGAAAAUGUGAAAAUUGUGUACACCCGAUAAUGGUCAAUGUUCUUAGUGUUGAAAGGUGGAAGAUGCUAUUAUUCGGGUUCUACCCUUAAGUCAUAGGAAUGCAACACAGUUUCGCAAUCCGGAAUUUUAGUAUCGGGAUA